GUUUUCCGUAUGUGAACAUCAGCCAUGGCGAGUUCACUGUUCCCAUCGAGAAAACAGCCUUCAUCCAAACCUACGUCAAAGCAUCACCAGAGGCUACUUCAAUUCAGUGGUAUAAAGUAGAAAAUGAUAACCGCAUUCCAAUAGAAAUAGACAACGAAAGAUACUUUGCAGGUUCUAUUAUAUCCCCCACAUUGAUUAUCCGUGAGACAAACACUGAUGAUGAAGGAUGGUACCAGUGCUCAGCUACCAAUAGUAAAGGAACUGGUUGGAGCAACAUGUCGGUUCUGUCCGUACAACCUGAUGCACUUGACAAAGAAACCAAACAUAAGCGCAGAAUGAAACAAAAACUGAAAACACAAAAUAUUAAAUUGACUUUCAUUGGUCAUGCUCGAGCAGGGAAAACAAGCUUGAUGAGGCAGUUAAGGAAACAAAUCGAAGAUGGAGGCCCAGAACCUACUAAUAUGGCUAAACUACUAUCCAAACGAAUAAGAUACAAACUUAGAAAGAGUGGAAAGGAAAUGGAAAAAAUUGAGAAGGGAAAGGACGCAGAGUUAUGCAAUCAACGUUUACAGGGACAUGUAGACAAUGGAACCAAACAGGAAAUGGAAACAUCGAAUGCACAUUCAAAUGAUGGUACUGGAUAUCCUGGUCUAUCAGAAAAUGGGGCUGUAGCAUCACAUACUACUGUAGACGAACAUCCUCCGCAACCGAUCACAGAAGACCAAAGAAAAGCAAUUGCAGAUUUCAAUAAGAAAGACGAUAGUGUGGAUGACCCAUCCACAGCUUAUGUAACAAUGUUUGACUUUGGAGGAGAUGAAGUGUUUCACACUUGGCAUCACUGUGUUAUGUCGACGAACAGUAUAUACCUGCUGGUGCUUGAUGUUUCCUUGUGGGACGAUCCAGACAAGCAAGAUAUCAUUGUCAAUGAAAUCGCGCACUGGCUUAAUGCAGUUGCAACGUACUCACAGAGCAAAUCUGGUGAAAAGAAGGGUGUUCCACCAAUUAUCUUGAUUGGUUAUCAUAUGGACCAAAUAGAAACAGACGAAUCUGACAUUUGGGACAAAAUCUCAGACAAACUAGAGGCAAAACUGGGUGUUAACGAUAUAUGGGACUGUCAUGUACAUCAGUAUUUCCUCCUUGCGGAUAUGAACGAGAGUGGCAAGAAUGAAGAAAUAUACCUCGAAAUAUGGUGCGAGAUAGAGAAAUGUGUCCAUUUGCAGUCAUGUUGGCAUGAACAAAUUCUUGGAUCCUGGCUUUCACUUGAAAAAGAAAUUAUGCUGAAAAAAGAAGAAGGAAUUAAAUUCCUGAACAUACAACAGAUACUGAGUUUGAAUGAAGAGCUUUUGGUACCACUUCAUGAGAGGGAACUUGUCCCAUUUCUUCGAUAUUUGCAUAAUGCUGCAAGUGUUUUAUGCUUUGAUAUUAUUGGGAAAACAGACUCGGAAUUGUUAACAGACGACGAAAAGAAACAAAUGAAAGUAAUAUUAGAUAUCAACUGGAUUAUCGAAGCCUUUGGAGCUAUCAUCACAGAUACCAAAUUUGUAUCUCUGGGCUUAGGCAACAAACAGAAGCAAAUAUUGAGGAAGUUCAGAAAGUCAGCAGAAAUAAACAAUGAAGUACUUGAACUACGCUGGAGCAAAAUUACAGAAGAGGAUCGCCAGGUAUUGUUAUCUGUAAUGGAAUGUCUAGGACUGAUAACAAAACCAAUAGAUGUUCCAGACAGCCAACAACAUGCAACGAAGUCUGACAUAUAUAUUGUCCCCUGUUUAUUGACAGAGGCCCCACGAGAUAUUGUACAAGAAAUAUUGGGAAUGGAUAAUGUGCAAUGCACUAAAACAUUAUGUCUGAUAUUCAACAAUCCCUUUGUUCUACAAGCUAUCUGGGACAAAACCAUUGCAAUAUGCUUGCAUGUAUUUAAAGAAUGUACCUACCACGAGAGGAGUCCGAAAGGUGAAUUCAGCUGCAAACAGCCAAAGAGAGGAUUUAUCUGCCGAAAUGUUAACAGCAUUUGGAACUUUGUCCUUCAUUGUAAAGGGCAGAUGCUCAAACUCACAAUGUUUAAUGAUCACAAUAUCAAGGUGAAGGCAGGUGUUGGGAAAGACCUGAGGGUUAAAAUUGAAGAAAUAAUCGAACAUGUUCUUUCGGUGACCAGCCAGGGACAUCAAAAGUACAGCUACUACCUCCAUUGUGACUUUUGGGUUUCUGAUGAUGAGGGUAAAGAAAGGAAGCCAAAUGCAGAGACAUUUGAAAAGGAUGAGGACAGCUUUCAGAGUUUCGAUGGGGAAAACAAUCCUCACGACCUGACAAAAUGUCAUUGGCUGGCAUGGUUUGGUGAGAAUGAUAAGAUUCCAGCCACGGAGAAAUACACAGACAUGACAAAGGUAAAAAGCAUCCAUGCUGACAUGGUGGAAGGGCUGUCCACGUUGAUCAGUCCAGGAUUAGAAGAAAAAUGGAGGACCUUCCAGACGCUUUUGGGACCACACUUGGGAGAUGAUGUAUUGUAUGAUAAAGAGAUGAAAAGCAUGGCACAAAUCUGUGGUUGUCUAAAGGUCAAAGGAGAAAUUGAUUAUGGUGAAUAUGACAUGUUACGAGAGAUUGUCAUCAAAAUCCAUGUUGAUGCAGCUGCUGUUAUUGACAAAGCUUUGGCAGAACUGAAAUCUCUUCAAGUGUCGUCAAAGUGAUGUCAACAAACUUGGGGACCUACCUCAGAUAUGACAUGGAUCGGUGAUCUCAUUACAAAUUCUGAUAUGACAUGGAUCAGUGACCUCAUCACAAACUCUGAUAUGACAUGGAUCAGUGACCCCAUCAAAAAUUCUGAUAUCACAUAUGCAAAUUGUGAAAAUGCUGAUAUGACAUUUUAAAACAAUCCUUACACAUCGAAUCAAACUGCAAUUAAAGCUACAUUCCCCUGUAGCUUCUCAGAAAAAAUGGUGUCACAAGCCCCUUACUGGAUAAGCUGGUUGCGUUUCUUUAAAAACAACUGGUGUUGGUGAAAAACGACAACCAAGAUACAAUCAGGAUGGUGUGUAGUUGUCAGGGCAACUUCUAGGAGAAAAGGACCAAGCUUACCCAGGAUGUUUUGGAAGAUAAUUUCUCCGAUACGGUGGGCCAUAUUCAGAGAACAAGGCAUUGUAAUAAGGUAUUCAACCUUUCCUUGAUAAUUCCUAGAUUUUGACUUAUCAUACAGCACCUUACACAGUAUAGAAUGGAUUGUUAACCUUAUUUAGUUUACAGGAAGCCUGUGGCAGUCUGUAGUAUAAUGUAGGUCAGGAUGACUAUAUUAGGCAUUUACAGCCCUGGUUGCAGGGUAAUAUGAUGGUAUAUAUACAGUCUACCCUCAACCUAUCGCCACCUGAAUCUUCCGCCACCUCUGGGGAUUAUACAAAAAUAUAUAGUCUAUGGAAUAAUUGACUAACAAAGCUAAAUAUAUAGUCUAUGGAAUAGUUGACUAACAAAGCUACAUCAUGUACAUGUAUAUUGUUAAUCGUGUAACAUUACGGCGAUAUUAACUGGUUAACGUUGGUGAUUCAAUGUAGUGUACCAUUUCAUGGUUGUAAUUUCCAUAAUUCGUUGCCAUCGCCAUUACUGGCGUGGACAAAAUGUGGUGAUAUAACGAGGGUAGGCUGUACCAGAAAGUGUCGCGUUUCCUGAGGGAUUGUUCGAGGGGAAUACCGGUAUGAUACGGAGGGUAAACAAACCUUCAAAAAUAUAUUCAAGAUGUAUAAAUUAUUACAUGUUACAUUUUCCUUUAGAAACUCUCGGAUAAAUUUGUUGAUAUUUUUGUAUUUUGAGGAUGUUGUCUUUUGCAGAAUUUUAUCUAUUUCUGGUUGACUCACUAGAGGUGUGGAGAAUCUCCCAUCCCUUUGUGAUGUAGAAAGAUGGUUGACUUACCAGAGGUGUGGAGAAUCUCUCUUCCCUGUGUGAUGUAGAAAGAUGGUUGACUCACCAGAGGUGUGGAGAAUCUCCCAUCCCUUUGUGAUGUAGAAAGAUGGUUGACUCACCAGAGUUGUGGAGAAUCUCUCAUCCCUGUGUGAUGUAGAAAGAUGGUUGACUCACCAGAGGUGUGGAGAAUCUCCCAUCCCUUUGUGAUGUAGAAAGAUGGUUGACUCACCAGAGUUGUGGAGAAUCUCUCAUCCCUGUGUGAUGUAGAAAGAUGGCUGACUCACCAGAGGUGGGGAGAAUCUCCCAUCUCUUUCUUAUGUAGAAAGAUGGUUGACUCAUCAGAAGUGUGGCGAAUCUCUCAUCCCUGAGUGAUGUAGAAAGAUGGUUGACUCAAAAGAGUUGUGGAGGUCGAAUCUCCCAUCCCUGUGUGAUGUAGAAAGAUGGUUGACUCACCAGAGCUGUGGAUAAUCUCUCAUCUCUGUGUGAUGUAGAAAGAUGGUUGACUCACCAGAGGUGUGGAGAAUCUCUCAUCCCUGUAUGAUGUAGAAAGAUGGUUGACUCACCAGAGUUGUGGAGAAUCUCUCAUCCCUGUGUGAUUUAGAAAGAUGGUUGACUCACCAGAGGUGUAGAGAAUCUCCCAUCCCUGUGUGAUGUAGAAAGAUGGUUGACACACCAGAGGUGGGGAGAAUCUCCCAUCCCUGUGUGAUGUAGAAAGAUGGUUGACUUACCAGAGUUGUGGAGUAUCUCCCAUCCCUGUGUGAUGUAGAAAGAUGGUUGACACACCAGAGUUGUGGAGAAUCUCUCAUCCCUGUGUGAUGUAGAAAGAUGGCUGACUCACCAGAGGUGGGGAGAAUCUCCCAUCUCUUUCUUAUGUAGAAAGAUGGUUGACUCAUCAGAAGUGUGGCGAAUCUCUCAUCCCUGAGUGAUGUAGAAAGAUGGUUGACUCGAAAGAGUUGUGGAGGUCGAAUCUCCCAUCCCUGUGUGAUGUAGAAAGAUGGUUGACUCACCAGAGCUGUGGAUAAUCUCUCAUCUCUGUGUGAUGUAGAAAGAUGGUUGACUCACCAGAGGUGUGGAGAAUCUCUCAUCCCUGUAUGAUGUAGAAAGAUGGUUGACUCACCAGAGUUGUGGAGAAUCUCUCAUCCCUGUGUGAUGUAGAAAGAUGGUUGACUCACCAGAGGUGUAGAGAAUCUCCCAUCCCUGUGUGAUGUAGAAAGAUGGUUGACUUACCAGAGGUGUGGAGAAUCUCUCAUCCCUGUGUGAUGUAGAAAGAUGGUUGACUCACCAGAGGUGUGGAGAAUCUCCCAUCCCUUUGUGAUGUAGAAAGAUGGUUGACUCACCAGAGUUGUGGAGAAUCUCUCAUCCCUGUGUGAUGUAGAAAGAUGGCUGACUCACAAGAGGUGGGGAGAAUCUCCCAUCUCUUUCUUAUGUAGAAAGAUGGUUGACUCAUCAGAAGUGUGGCGAAUCUCUCAUCCCUGAGUGAUGUAGAAAGAUGGUUGACUCAAAAGAGUUGUGGAGGUCGAAUCUCCCAUCCCUGUGUGAUGUAGAAAGAUGGUUGACUCACCAGAGCUGUGGAUAAUCUCUCAUCUCUGUGUGAUGUAGAAAGAUGGUUGACUCACCAGAGGUGUGGAGAAUCUCUCAUCCCUGUAUGAUGUAGAAAGAUGGUUGACUCACCAGAGUUGUGGAGAAUCUCUCAUCCCUGUGUGAUUUAGAAAGAUGGUUGACUCACCAGAGGUGUAGAGAAUCUCCCAUCCCUGUGUGAUGUAGAAAGAUGGUUGACACACCAGAGGUGGGGAGAAUCUCCCAUCCCUGUGUGAUGUAGAAAGAUGAUUGACUUACCAGAGUUGUGGAGAAUCUCCCAUCCCUGUGUGAUGUAGAAAGAUGGUUGACUUACCAGAGUUGUGGAGUAUCUCCCAUCCCUGUGUGAUGUAGAAAGAUGGUUGACUCACCAGAGGUGUGGAGAAUAUCCAAUCCCUAUGUGAUGUAGAAAGAUGGUUGACUCACCAGAGUUGUGGAGAAUCUCCCAUCCCUGUGUGAUGUAGAAAGAUGGUUGACUCACCAGAGGUGUGGAUAAUCUCCCAUCCCUGUGUGAUGUAGAGAGAUGGUUGACUCACCAGAGGUGUGGAGAAUCUCCCAUCCCUUUGUGAUGUAGAAAGAUGGUUGACUCACCAGAGGUGUGGAGAAUCUCUCAUCCCUGUGUGAUGUAGAAAGAUGGCUGACUCACAAGAGGUGGGGAGAAUCUCCCAUCUCUUUCUUAUGUAGAAAGAUGGUUGACUCAUCAGAAGUGUGGCGAAUCUCUCAUCCCUGAGUGAUGUAGAAAGAUGGUUGACUCAAAAGAGUUGUGGAGGUCGAAUCUCCCAUCCCUGUGUGAUGUAGAAAGAUGGUUGACUCACCAGAGCUGUGGAUAAUCUCUCAUCUCUGUGUGAUGUAGAAAGAUGGUUGACUCACCAGAGGUGUGGAGAAUCUCUCAUCCCUUUAUGAUGUAGAAAGAUGGUUGACUCACCAGAGUUGUGGAGAAUCUCUCAUCCCUGUGUGAUUUAGAAAGAUGGUUGACUCACCAGAGGUGUAGAGAAUCUCCCAUCCCUGUGUGAUGUAGAAAGAUGGUUGACACACCAGAGGUGGGGAGAAUCUCCCAUCCCUGUGUGAUGUAGAAAGAUGGUUGACUUACCAGAGUUGUGGAGAAUCUCCCAUCCCUGUGUGAUGUAGAAAGAUGGUUGACUUACCAGAGUUGUGGAGUAUCUCCCAUCCCUGUGUGAUGUAGAAAGAUGGUUGACACACCAGAGUUGUGGAGAAUCUCUCAUCCCUGUGUGAUGUAGAAAGAUGGCUGACUCACCAGAGGUGGGGAGAAUCUCCCAUCUCUUUCUUAUGUAGAAAGAUGGUUGACUCAUCAGAAGUGUGGCGAAUCUCUCAUCCCUGAGUGAUGUAGAAAGAUGGUUGACUCGAAAGAGUUGUGGAGGUCGAAUCUCCCAUCCCUGUGUGAUGUAGAAAGAUGGUUGACUCACCAGAGCUGUGGAUAAUCUCUCAUCUCUGUGAUGUAGAAAGAUGGUUGACUCACCAGAGGUGUGGAGAAUCUCCCAUCCCUGUGUGAUGUAGAAAGAUGGUUGACUUACCAGAGUUGUGGAGAAUCUCCCAUCCCUGUGUGAUGUAGAAAGAUGGUUGACUUACCAGAGUUGUGGAGUAUCUCCCAUCCCUGUGUGAUGUAGAAAGAUGGUUGACUCACCAGAGGUGUGGAGAAUAUCCAAUCCCUAUGUGAUGUAGAAAGAUGGUUGACUCACCAGAGUUGUGGAGAAUCUCCAAUGUCUGUGUGAUGUAGAAAGAUGGUUGACUCACCAGAGGUGUGGAGAAUAUCCCAUCCCUGUGUGAUGUAGAAAGAUGGUUGACUCACCAGAGGUGUGGGGAAUCUCUCAUCCCUGUGUGAUGUAGAAAGAUGGUUGACUCACCAGAGGUGUGGAGAAUAUCCCAUCCCUAUGUGAUGUAGAAAGAUGGUUGACUCACCAGAGUUGUGGAGAAUCUCCCAUCCCUGUGUGAUGUAGAAAGAUGGUUGACUCACCAGAGGUGUGGAGAAUCUCCCAUCCCUGUGUGAUGUAGAAAGAUGGUUGACUCACAAGAGUUGUGGAGAAUCUCCCAUCCCUGUGUGAUGUAGAAAGGUGGUUGACUCACCAGAGGUGUGGAGAAUCUCCCGUCCCUGUGUGAUGUAGAAAGAUGGUUGACUCACCAGAGGUGUGGAGAAUCUCCCAUCCCUAUGUGAUGUAGAAAGAUGGUUGACUCACCAGAGGUGGGGAGAAUCUCCCAUCCCUGUGUGAUGUAGAAAGAUGGUCGACUCACCAGAAGUGUGGAGAAUUUCCCAUCCCUAUAUGAUGUAGAAAGAUGGUUGACUCACCAGAGGUGUGGAGAAUCUCCCAUCCCUGUGUGAUGUAGAAAGAUGGUUGACUCACCAGAGGUGUGGAGAAUCUUCCAUCCCUGUGUGAUUCAUUGUGUGAACAAGUGAUGAUACUAUUUGAUUAUGAUAUGGUUUUGCAUAAUAAACAAAUGAUGACAUUCUACUGCGCGAUUGAAUAUGGAAAGACAGAGUUACCAAUAUGUCUAGCUGUGAGAACUAACGAUACUGUUCAACAAUACUGAUCGCCAUACAUUAAUGUUCUGGGGUGGAAUUGAUCCAAAAGUUUUAUCAGGUAAAACAAGAUAUCAUUGACAUUAUGAUUUAAAAAUAGAGUGAAUGAGAUAUUUUAGAUUAUUUUGUUGAAAUUGUACAUGUUACUGACUUUUUGUCUUUGAGGAUUAAACUUCUCUUCAAAAUAAUGCAGAUGCAGAUGUCACCAGAUCGGAUUCUGUUUCCACCGCGUGACCAGUAUACUGUCUUGUUUCACCAAAUAACUUUACUAUGAUUGGAUUAUGUUUAUUAGCAUGAUAGUGAUAACGGCUACGUGAUUGGUUUUUGUUUAAUCAAAUGACCAUUUUAUGGUUUCCGGAUUAGAUUCAGUUUGUAUACUUUUUUUAUGAUUGGAUUUUGUUAAAUCAAGUGACCAGUGAACUGUUUCCUAAUUGUAUUUUGUUAAAACAACAAGUGUUUCUUAUCGCUUUUUCUUGAAAGCUACAGGAAGGAUAUUUUUCAAACUUCAUGUGUCCAUCGUGGUCCAUAGUUGUGCCCAUUUGAUUUUGAUUCAGGUCCAAUACCAAAAUGGCCACCAUGUGGCCAUGUUGAUUUUGACAAUUGUUUGUCGUCAUGUUGUAAGUACUUCACGCAUAUUUCUCAAAUUUGCUAUGUAGGUUUUACUUAUGUCCAUAUAAUUUGCAAUCUGGUCGGGGAAACAACAUGGCCAUUUAGUGGCUAUCUUUGAUCCCUCAUGAAACAUUUGUUUGUGAUAACCAUAAUUCUCAACUAGAGUUUACCUUAACACAUACACUCAUUUAUGUUGUAAUAAUUACUGUAUUGUAAAUAUUUGUGAGAAUACAUUCAUUAAAUUCAUUUUUCUUGGGAAUCUUUGAAAUAGGUCAAGGUCACAUUUGUUUCCUAUAAAUGUUGGACAUUUUGUCAGAAUUUGUGAGAAUACAUUCAUUGCCUGUGAAUCAUGAUGAAAGUUCAUGUUCCAAGAAUGAAAUUGUCACAAAAUUAUUUUCUUGUGAGUCUUUAAAACAUGUUUUUUGUAAUUAGAUGAUUAGUUUGAAUAUGUGUACACUGUAUUUAUAAGGCUGAUGUUUCUGUCUAUCAGGGGAGAUAAUUAGUAGAGAUUCACAUUUGAAUACUUUGUAUUGAUCCUAUUGUACAUACAAUGUAUUAAGAAUUUAUAUUUGAUAACCCAUUAAAUAUGUUAUAUAUAUCAGCUAGAUACUUAUAUUGAGAAAUACGAGAGGAUCAGUGAUCUUUGAUUUAAGUUCAAGUGGAAGCUUUACUUUCAUACAUUAAGACAAGUUUAUUAAAUGUGCAACAACCUAUGUCGAUGGGAACAUUUAUGCUUAUACAGCAUUUGGAAUUUCAAAAGCACAUUUAAUAUUUUCUGAUUGAUUGAUAAGUUUGAGCUCAAGUGAGCUUAUGCCAUACCGUUGCAUCCGUCGUCCAUCCGUUUGUCGUCCGUCAGUUCGUCAACAAUUGAUUUUUAACGUCAGGGUGCCUUUGGCACCUGCCGUUAUAGGCGUGGUGGGAAAAUGUUGUUACUGAUAGAUCUGUUCCGGCUAACUAUUCCUCUUUUCUGUCAUACAAAUGAUAUA